UGGAAUACUGCGUAGUCAGCGUCAGUCAGCGUAGUGUGCACUUUUGUGUUCAUUCAGUUCACUGUAAAUCCAAACGCGUAGGAACGAGUUUCACGUAAAAUAGUAUAUAUAUUCAGAAAAAAAAUAGAAAACAGGAAAUCUUAAGAUAAUCGAUAUCACGACCGUGACAGACUGUUCGAAUUAUCACUGAAAGGGCAUAUAAUAGUUGUUUUAGCUGCUCGGAAUUCUCCGCCCUCUUUAUCACUCUUCGCAUAUUGAAGUAAAGCACAACGAGGUAUAACGAUACUUUUAGCGCGACAAUGGCAACGACAACCAAUUCCAAAAAGCAAGACACCACCGCCAUCGACGAGGACGACGACAUUUUCUAUUACGUCGGUGUAAAAGCGUCACCGUUCGCGGCUGAUAGCACGGUUUUCGGUUUACCACCGAAGGAGAUAUCGGCCUUACGCUGUCGCUUCCCGCUGGCCGCCUGUAGCACGAAUGUUGUGAAUGGAGUUAUGUUUAAAGGCACACCAUUCUCCGUCAUAAAUGCUCUAGCUGAACUCGGCUAUCGAGUUGUUUGUAGUGCCGGAGAAGCCGAAAUACUUUGGACACUGCAGCGGGAUUGUUAACACUUUAAAAAAAUGGGCCUUACUGCAAGCGCAUUAUAUGUCUAAACAUAUAUUCUCUUGUGACUUCUAUAUAUACAAUAUGUAUGUGUCUUUAUGAAUCAAACUUAGAAAUUAGUAUUAAUGAAUCGAUGAGAUUUGUAACUUCACUUUGUUCUUUUUUUUUGCAUCUACUUUUAUAUCUUGGAAUGAUGAAUGUUUGCGGAAAUUAUAUUUGUAACUGCAUCUUUGGGGAAGUUGAGUUAGAUGUAUAUGUUUGCGGACCAAUUAAAAAGGCUUUGUUUUAAAGAUGUUUUAAAGAUCAAUUGUACCUUGCAAAAUUGGAUAUUGGUAUGUAUCGGAAGUACUGAAAUGCAGCUUUCCGUUAGAAUAAUAAAAAAAUACGUUCCAUCUUUCCCUUAAGAAACUUACACUUUAAUUCUUGUGCGAAAUCACACGAAUGAAUUUCCACGUUAUCGGACGUGAUAUAUUGUAUACCGCGGCAGUGAUGAGUUCCUUUUUUUACGACUUCGAAAAUGACGCGGUAAAAUUGUAUAAUCAUGAUAAGACUGUUUAGAGGGGAGGGAAGCAUGAUCACGGAGAUUGUAAACCACGUAAACACUUCUGCAACGUGCAAAAUAAUCACGUUGCGGAUAAUAAUAACUUACAAGCGGUUGCGGAAAUUUCGUCAGACCAAAGGAGCAUGUGCUAAUUGCGUCAUAUCCACUAUAUGUAAUACUGAAGUAUUAAUUAUAUACAUUGAUUUGUGAUAUCUUUACCUCGUUGCGUAGAAAAUGGGUUUUUUAAUGCUUUAUCGAGGAUUUAUGACGUGAGCCUCGUAGGGUCCAGAUUGGGCCAAAUUGGCGCAACGUUUAGAUUGCACCAAAUUGGCUCAUAUUGGCUUUAAACUAUUUUAGUGUUUAUAAUUGUGAAGAAUGAAAUUUUAUUAUAGUGCAAAUACCAUUUACAUAUUGUAUCUUUAUAUAGCAUAUACUAUUACCUAACAAUAUCUGUCUUUUCCCACCAUUUGCUUUAUUAUAUGAUUUGUUAUUGUAUAAUUAUUAUUAUACAAUAAACGCAAGAUAUUGUUCCUCCGGAUCGAUCGUGGUCCAGAGAGUUUAAGAUUGUAAAACCAUUUAUAGAAAAAAAGUUGAUGACAUUUUGUUACUCUUAUUGCAAAUAUAAAUGUCCAUUUAAAGAUUUUAUUGCAGAUUAUAAAUGUUAAUCUAAGAGAUUAUUGCAAUCGAUAUUUCCUGUUCUUAUUAAGAAUGAAAUCUAUCGAAUGAAAUUAUUAAAAGCAAUCGUUAACUCGUAGUGUGACAAUUAUAUGUAUAUUAGUUUAUUCAUAAGUAAGAAAAUCAAAAGUUAUCAAAGGUGGAGGGAACGAGAGUAUUUAUAGUUUACAGUCUGAAUAGUUGGUACAAGCAGCGUUUGCGCUAAUUCGUGAAUUUUAUAUUUAUGUAUAGCUAAUAAUUUCUUUCAUAUGUGAAGCUGUAUUUUAUAUGUACGGCAAUUAUACAUAAGCUUAUACUCAAUGUAUAAUUGAACGUUGCUUGUUUGUGUUGCAAACUAUGAGAAAUAAAUAAACAUAGAAGUGAAUCUGAA